AUGCCAUCGAAAUUGUUUGUUGGAAAUUUGCCUGAGAACAUCGACUCAACCCGACUUAAACAGGUGUUCCAACCAUUUUGCAAGGUUACCGAGUGCGACAUCGUCAAAAAUUAUGCAUUUGUGCACGUCGAGGAAGAAGAUGUUGAGCCAAUAAUUAAAAGGUUGAGUGGAUAUUCGUUAGAUGGCCAAAUAAUUCAUAUCAAAAAGUCGACUUCGAAGCUUCGGCCAACGCCUGGAAUGCCGAACAGAUGUUUCAGAUGUCAGUCAGAUGAUCAUAGAACACCGCAAUGCCCUCAAGAUCCGAAUAAUUUAAAAGCUGCUGAUGGAAUUCAAACAAUCAAAAUUGAUUUGACAAGUGGAGUAAAACGGCCGGCGGAGCGUUUAAUCCAGGAUCCGAAAAGAAUGGCGUUUCCGGCACCGUCGCACGUUGAAGCGGAAAUUCCGCGUCCGCUCGAUCCUGACCUUCAACAAUUGUACCAGGAAUAUCAGCUAUCGCGCCAGCGAUAUGUCUAUUAUCGUGAUAGACUUUUAAAGGAAAUGGAAGCGAAACAGCAUGGCUCCACUGCUGGCUAUGCGUUGUCCAACGCUGUAACUGUGCCACCAGUGCAGCAUGUCGUCAAUAAUGGAAGCACACAAUUGUCGGCAGCGCCGGUUUCGUAUCAAUCAGUCGUUCCACCUCCUAUUCAACCGUCGGCUCCAUAUUCGGCAAUUCCUCAAGGAACAACGUCAUUGAAGGCUCCUUAUGCGGUCACACAAAUACAAAAAGCUCCCUAUGCGACACCGAUUACGAUGCAGACUCCACCAAUUCACGCUAAUGCGUAUGGCGUCGUCCCGCCUCAGCCGACAAUUGCGGAUUCUGGAGUGAUGACAACCCAACAAUAUUUACAACAAAUGCAGCAGAAAGCGCAAGGAAUUCCACCAGUUGGAAUGCCAACUGGACCCUAUCUAUCAGGAAGCUCGCCGAUUGUCAAAUUUUCAUAA